CCUCAGACGAAGACAGAAUUCGGGCACCAGGAGAAGGAAGCCAACAGGAUCCGACACAGUGUUUCCUGAGAAAGGCAAGACCCCCUCAGGUCUACUUAGAGCGAAGUCCGUAGAGGAGGCAGCUAGGCGCAGCUCUGACUCCGACCCACAGAAUGGAUUAUAAGUCGAGCCUGAUCCAGGAUGGGAACCCCAUGGAGAACUUGGAGAAGCAGCUGAUCUGCCCUAUCUGCCUCGAGAUGUUUACCAAGCCAGUGGUCAUCUUGCCGUGCCAGCACAACCUGUGCCGGAAGUGUGCCAACGACAUCUUCCAGGCAUCAAAUCCCUACUGGACCAGCCGAGGCAGCUCAGUGUCCAUGUCUGGAGGCCGUUUCCGCUGCCCCACCUGCCGCCACGAGGUGAUCAUGGAUCGUCACGGAGUGUACGGCCUGCAGAGGAACCUGCUGGUGGAGAACAUCAUCGACAUCUACAAACAGGAGUGCUCCAGUCGGCCGCUGCAGAAGGGCAGUCACCCCAUGUGCAAGGAGCACGAAGAUGAGAAAAUCAACAUCUACUGUCUCACGUGUGAGAUGCCCACCUGCUCCAUGUGCAAGGUGUUUGGGGUCCACAAGGCCUGCGAGGUGGCCCCACUGCAGAGUGUCUUCCAGGGACAAAAGACUGAGCUGAAUAACUGUAUCUCCAUGUUGGUGGCGGGGAAUGACCGCGUGCAGACCAUCAUCACUCAGCUGGAGGAGUCCCGUCGAGUGACCAAGGAGAACAGUCACCAGGUAAAGGAAGAGCUGAGCCAGAAGUUUGACACACUGUACGUCAUCCUGGAUGAGAAGAAAAGCGAGUUGCUGCAGCGGAUCACUCAGGAGCAGGAAGAAAAGCUCAGCUUCAUUGAGGCCCUCAUCCAGCAGUACCAGGAGCAGCUCGACAAGUCCACGAAGCUGGUGGAGACUGCCAUCCAGUCCCUGGACGAGCCUGGGGGUGCCACCUUCCUCUUGACUGCCAAGCAACUCAUCAAAAGCAUUGUGGAAGCUUCCAAGGGCUGCCAGCUGGGGAAGACAGAGCAGGGCUUUGAGAACAUGGACUGCUUUACUUUGGAUUUAGAGUACAUAGCAGAUGCCCUGAGAGCCAUCGACUUUGGGACAGAUGAGGAAGAGGAGGAGUUCAUUGAAGAAGAUCAGGAAGAGGAAGACUCCACAGAAGGGAAGGAAGAAGGACGCCAGUAAGGAGCUGGAUGAGUGAGACGUCCCCCGAGAUGCAGAGAGACUGGGGAGGGUGGGGAGGGGCCCAGUGGCCUUGGCGACAGGCCCAGGGUCUGGGCCCCUGAAGGGGCAAUGGGGAGGUAAUAUCUUCUCUCUGCUCAGAGAGGAGGGACUAGGGUAGGACCCUCACUGCUGCAUCCAGCAGCCCCUGAACCAGAAUUAGGGGAAUGUGCUUGAAACAAUCACACAGGACACUUUUCUACCCUGGUGCAAAAUGGAAUAUUUUGUACAUUUUUAAAAUGUGAUUUUUGUAUAUACUUGUAUAUGUAUGUCAACUUGGUGCUUUUUGUAAAGGAACUUUUGUAUAAUGCCUGGUCGUUGGGUGACCUGCAAUUGUCAGAAAGAGGGGAAGGAAGCCAGGUGGAUACAGCUGCCCACUUCCUUUCCUGGGUGGGAGGACUGGGUAGCACCACAGGGACAACCUGCUAUAUUUCAGUGCCUAUCCCAGACAUAUGGGGUGGUAACUGAGUUUGUGUUCUAUGUUGUUUUAAUAAAUGGACAAUGCUUUCUUCCUGUUAUUCAAAGGA